UUAAAAAUAAACCCCAUUGCGUAUAUAAAGUUAAUAUAUUAUGUUGAUUCACGCUUUGACUAUACAUACUACAUAAAAUUAAAUUGUGAAACCUGUCAGGAUCUAGUGUUACCUUGAUAUAAUUUUUUUUUUCGAAAAUGAUGUUUCUUUCUUUAAAAGAAAAGUUUACUUUAUAAAAUGUCGGAAGAAAAUCCUUAUUCAAAUGCUUCUCGUCGUUUAGAAAAUAUAACUGGUCAUCUGAAUGGCACAGGAUAUAAAGAAUGGAGAACUUUAUCACCCAGUCAAACAUUAGCGGUAUGUACAAAUAGAGAAAGAAAAUGGAAUGGAUAUGGAUACAAAGAUACGUUUUUUAGAUUUGACGAUAAAGGAACAGCUUCAUUAUUAGGAAAUAGGUUUGGUCAUUUUAGUUCAAAAGAAUAUCAUGAAUUAAGACCAUGGUUAGAACAAACAUUAAGAAUAAAUUUAAAAACGAUAUGUCUAGCACAGCCAACAAUAGUAGAAAUACAUAGCCCGGAAGUAAAUCAUGAUUUUUAUGAUGCAAUUAAACCACAAGGAAUAAUAAUUUCAUUUGCAGAACAAGAUAGAUUAUUACAUGGACAUGGGGUUAGUACAAUAGAAAUUUAUAAAUUAAGAUACGGUAAUUUUAACAGAUUACCUGAUGCUGUAAUUUGGCCGGAAAGUCAUGAACAAGUUGAAAUUAUCGUUAAAGCAGCACAAAAAUUUAAUGUUGGAUGUAUACCUUAUGGAGGGGGAUCAAAUUAUGUUGAUGCAUUAGAAUGUCCAGUCGAAGAAGAAAAAAGGAUGAUCGUUUCUUUAGAUAUGAGACACAUGAAUAGAAUUUUAUCAUUAAAUAAUGAAAAUAUGAGUGUAACUGUUGAAGCUGGCGCUAUCGCAAAAGAUUUGGAAAUUGAAUUAAGAAAGUUAGGUUAUAGUCUUGGAUGGAAUGCUGAAUCAAUUGAAUUUAGUACAGUUGGUGGAUUAGCCGCUUUAAGGUCAAGUGGAUUAAGGAGAAGCAUGUACGGAGAUUUUGAAAAUAGUAUAAUUAACAUGAAAUUUGUUACACCAAUUGGUACAAUAAAACAAAGCGGACAUUCCAUAUCAUCACCACCAAUUAUUUCAGGUCCUGACAUAACGAAUUUAUUGCUUGGAUCAGAAGGAACUUUAGGUGUCAUAACUGAGUUAACAUUUAAAUUACAUUAUUUAGCUCCGUAUCGUCAUUACAUUUCAAUGUAUUUUCCCUCAUUUCAUCAAGGACUUUUAUUCUUAAGAGAAAUCGCUCAAAAAAAAGUUGUUAACAAUUUAAGUGGUGCUAGAUUAGUUGAUGAAACUGGAUUACAAUUAGUACAUGGUUUUAAUACUGCUACACCCACUGUUACUACGAUAUUUAAAGAAGUGUUAAAAAAAUAUUAUUGGAAGAAAUUUAAAGGGUUAGAAACUGGUAAAAUGUGUUUAGCUGCUAUUUUAAUUGAUGGUUACGAUUUAAGUAAAAUAGAAAAUUAUGAAAAGAGAAUUUUAAAUCUUGGUGAAAAUUUUGGUGGUGUUAAUUCUGGUUAUGAUUUAGGUGAGAGAAUGUUUUUCAUGUCAAAGGGUUUACCUUAUCUUCGCGAUUUUCUUUUGGAUUAUUAUGCUAUAUCAGAUUAUCUUGAUACUUCAGCAUCUUGGUCAAAUAUUGAAGCACUUGUUGACAAGGUAAAAGAAACUAUAGUGACAACUUGCAGAGCUCAAAAUGUUCGUCCAAGGCCAUACAUUGCUGUUAGAGUAGAUCAUCUGUAUGAAACAGGUGUAAGUUUAACUUUUACUUACGGAUUUAAUUGUCGUAAUCUCGCUGAUCCACUUGGUACAUUAAGAAGAGUAGAUCAAGUCGCUUUAGUUGAGAUAUUAAGAUCAAAUGGUUCUGUAUCACAUUUUACUACUGGUAUAGGGAAACGUAAAAAAGAAAGUUUUGUUGAAUCUUUAUCUGAGCCUGCAAUUGAAAUAAUGAAGAAUGUAAAAAAAACUUUAGAUCCUACAAAUAUUUUUUGUAGUCAGAAUUUAAUAUGAAUAACAAUGACAAUGAUAAUAAUAGUAUAUUAUUAAUAAAUAAUAAUAAUUUAAUCACCAUUAAAAUAUAUUUAUUUAUUGUAUAACACUGCCUAUGGCCUA